AUGUACCGGUACGAUCGGUCGGGCCCCGAGUCCCUGCUGCGCUUGUGCUGCGCCACUGCACUGGACUCCUCUCGCGGCCUCUCUCCCGCCGACCUGACCAGAGAGAUAAGGAUGGCGCCCAAUCGAAGGCUGGGCGUUGCGCUUGCUUGUGCGUGCAGUGCUGGCGUGGCGCUUGGGUUCGUUCCGAACGUGGGAAAUGCUGCUGUGCGAUCGAGACGGGGGGGCGUUGAAGGUGGUUGCACCUCGAUCAUCGGCAUCGGCGGCGCUAGCCAGUACGGCUCCUUCGCCGGAGCACCUGUCCUCCAAGGUAGACCUGCGGCUGGUCAGAGGAGAGUCGGACGGCGAGGACGGCACGGUAGAAGGAGCACCGUGCAGAUGGUCGGAUUCGAUAACACCUUUUUCGGUGUAGGAGGGCCGGAAGUGGUGGUCGUAUUGGUGGUUGGGUACUUCGUGCUUGGCCCGGUGGAGCUGGUAAAGCUCGUCAAGCAGGCGGGGGUCUUGGUUGGGCAGCUGAGAGACGUCGGCCUGGGCACGGUCAACAACCUCACAACGAUCGUGGAUGAUCAGAUUCAGAAUGCGGAGCAAAUCGCGUCUGGGGAGAAGAAGCCCCCGGACUACUUUGCCCCCGAAGAAGAGUUCCCCAUGAGCGACGAGGACGAGUUUGAGGAUGUCACGAUCGACGAGUACGGGCGGAUGGUGUACGAGGGACAGCCAGAGAAGCCACCGCCGAUCAAAGACGAGGACAGGGCUCCGUUCUGGGAAGGGUUGGGGGACAAAAUCAGCGACAAGCUGAACGAGUUUGACAAAGAAGAGGGACCCCUGAAAGAGGCAAGCAAGUUCGCCCAGCAGCUCAGCGGUGCCGUGAACGAGAAGGUGAUGGGGAUCGAUAGGGCAGCCGCUCCGACUGACAGCAGCACUUCGGACGUUGGGGCGGGAGCAGCGUGGGAGGGCCCGGCAGAGGCCGUAGCUGGAGCUGGGGCGGGAGGUGCAGCCGGGGUCGGCAUGGCUAACGGAUGGAAGCCGCCCACGAGCGAGCUUGGCAUGGAGGAGACAGUGGAGUUGGCCAAUGAUGUGCCCAGCGAGCUCGACGCACCGAGUGGCAGCAGUGCCACAAGCGAGCUCACCAUCGACGAGCAGUUCGAACGGCUGGACACGAUCGCCGCCUUGGAGGAGGAGCGAGCGUCGACGAUGCAACGCCUAGAGGCGAAGAUCGAAGCCAAGAUCGGCAAUAUCAAGAACGAGUUGCUGGAGCUGGUGGAUGAGGACUUCCAAGAAAAGAGGACAAAGAUCGACCAACAGUUUGCAGCCCGGGCUGAGACUAAGGCAGCGGCAGCAGCAGCUGCAGCUGCCGCUGCGGCGACUGCUGCUGAGACGAAGGCCAAGCAGGAGGCGGUUGAGAGUGCCGGGGCGAAGGAGAAGGAGAAGGAAGAGGCAGCCGAAACGACCCCCGCAACAGCGGCCCCGAGCCCAAACGCAACCCCGCCGGAGAGAUCAACAGCGGCCGCCGGUAUCAAGAUGGAAGAGAAAUGA